GCUACAAAUGCUUUUAAUGAUAAUUUGACGCGUGGACACCGUUCCGCAAUUACUACGGCGUUACCCGAUCAAAGUCAACCGCACUCGGAAUCAUCGAGACUACUACGCCACGAGAGGAGUAGAGGAUUUUUUUCUUUGUAAGAGGAACGAGAAGGCCUUGGAAAUUAGCUCUCAUGGCUUACGUCGAGCGAGGUGUUGUAAAAUCGAAACGAUCAAUAUGGCGACUGAAAACUGUAACUGAUUUCUUCUGGGCAAUUGUAAAUUUCAUAGGAGUGUUCUUUGCUACAAUGUUCUCGAUGGAAAAGUCGAAUGAUUACCGGAAAGGAUCUGGUUCUGGAAAGAAAUGGGAUGGUGGGCCAGGUGGGCCUGGAAGUGGACCAUAUGGCGGUGGUCCACGUGGUCCACCUCGAGGCUUAGAUAAUGUACGAGGAAUUGACCAUAGUUCCUUGCCAGCGUGUGGCUCCUGCUGCGGUUAAUUGUGAGGCAUCUCUAGUGCGUUUUAAUGCUUUUGGUUGGAAAUGUGAUGUAAUAAACGGCUUGAUCUUUCUAGUUAAUAUGCAUAACGUAUAAUAUAAUUGCCACUGAAUCAAGAAGCUUCUUGAAUGUAUAAAUGAUGUGACAUUGAGUAGCCUGCAAGAGUAUGAAAUUAUAUACUUGUAUGGAAUAUGCUAA